AUGUUUGGUGAAGGCUAUGCAUACCCUAAGGUACACUACGUCUACUGUAAACAGGAUCAAGUCCCAAACGGAAGAGAAGACCCCGGGAACCACCAGCAGUUCGUUUCACACAGAAAACACGACGACUCGGAGAGUAACAUCCCAAAGAAGGUGAAUUUUAACGAUCCGGAGCAGAAGAGAAAUGAGGUAAACUACACAUACGAUCCGAAUGAUACACACUUUCCUAGGUCGACUAUUGAAAAUGGGAGGAUAAAAGCUCCUCCACAAUUUAGCUAUGCUAAUGCACCCGAACCCACGGGUCCUGUAAGUAUAUUAAAACGGGCACCUGGUCAGUUAAGAAGCCGAUCAGUGUCUCCAGGGUCGAGGUAUCCACCAGAAAUAAUGCAGCAGGGAUACUACGGACAUCCUUAUCCACCAAUGAUGGGCCCGUAUCCGUACAUGCCACCUAAUCCUUAUUGUUACUAUCCACCGGGGAAUCCUGUAUUUCCUUACCCAUACAUGAAUCCUUACAUGCCAUACCAUAUGCAACCGCCUAUGCCCGGCAUGGACUAUCUUUAA